AUGGAUUCCUUUCAGAAACUAUCACCUGGGAUUCGGCUCGAGAUUAUGAGCCAUAUUCACUCACACACGACUCUAUGGCGGCUCACAAAUGUAUCCCCAGUGAUGUGGAAUCAGUUCAUUUCAAGUUUGACUCAAGUUGACAACGGCAAUCAAGAGUUCAUUCAGGAUGCCAUGGCAAUCAUCAGGUUCAACGAAUCAAUGGGCAAUAAGGAAAAGACAGCCUUCUUCUUGGACAGAUGGCUUGUCAAGUCUACAUCGCCUUUUACACGCACUGGUUUCUUUAUCGAGGACGACAUGACAAAAGAAACAUCUACAUCGCCAACCCAAGCAUAUAUGUCUCUACCCAGAAUCACGUUUAGCAGUACGAUCAAAAUGAGAGUCACCCUUGACGACUUGACAUGGCCCGAGAAAUAUCGUCUUUUCAGGGCUUUCUUCAAGUUUGAGGUACUGAUGAAGAUCUACGAUCCACGCCUGAAACAUUCGAUGGACAAUACCUAUUAUCGAGAAAAUGCUCAUGACUUGCUGAAAGAGCUUGACCCAUGCGUCCACGAAUCCGUCAUUUGUGUCCAUGCCUAUGUCGAAGCUUCCUAUGGAGUCAUCUUUGCACAACUAAGAAAGACGCACGAAGCCGCAGCUGCUAUCGCCGAAACUGCAAGAUAUAUCUCCUGGUGGUUAUCAUGCCACGGACUGGAUCUUCUUGUCCACGUGCUCAUAUCGACGUGUCAGACCCUCGAAAGUCGCGAGCGUCUUCGCAGCUGGCUAUACUUUGUCUCACUCGAAGUUUGUGCCCCAUACACGCAUCUUUACGACAUUGAAAGGCGAAAGUUGUUCGUUCAUCGACCUGUUUGCCUGUCACAGCUUUUUGCACAUACGAAUAAGUCAUUUGUUGGCCAUCUUUGUCAGAUAGACACCCCGCUAGAGGAUGAUGAAAACUCGGACAACGACUCUGUCGGCAGUGAUAUCAUGGAUGCACUCUCCUCAACUCGUUUGCCUGAAGAAAAGCGACAGGCCUCCAUACAGUUCCAGAUAUAUCGGCAGCGAGCAUGGAUAUUUUGCGACAAUUGGAGAUUAUAUACAGCACCACUUUUUGAACACUUCCCGUCUCCUGAAGAUAUUGAAGUGCAACAGUCGAUAGUAGAGUUCCGUUAUCCCAUCACAUCCUUGCGUGAGCGCCAGAGAUGGCGAUCUACGGAGUGGCAAGAUUACUGGGCUGGGCGAACACUUGAACCGCCGCCUGAAAGAGCACGCAAUCAUUUCUGGGAGGUAGAGUCUGGGAAGAAUGACAUCAACGAUAUCCCUCAUUUUUACGAAUAUGUUGCUGACAAAGGGCUCGGCGCCUUCUAG